UAAUUGAAAUUACAAUUAUCGAUUUAAUUCAUCGUAUCGAUGUUCUUUAUUUAGUUAUAUUCGUUAUAUGUUACUCGCCAGAUAUUGCAUCAUUUAGUGAGUUUGAUAUGGCUCUGUUUAAAUUUUUUGCGACAACCUUUUUCCCCACAGUAAGAGCUGAGGACGAAGAAGCUGAACUUGUUGACCCGCAAAGUGCAUUGAGAGAAAAAUGUCAGAGCAAUGGAAACAUACAAGCUUUGUACAGCAAAUACCAAGAAUGCAAUGAUAGAGUAAAUGGAAAGUCGAAAACGACCGAAACCUGCAUGGAAGAAUUGUUCGAUUAUGUCACAGAGUUGGAUCAUUGCGCUAGCCAUCAUCUCUUUUCUAAGCUCAAAUAAUGCAGUUUAUACUAAAUAUGAAUUGUAAUAAUAUAUAUAUGGAAAUAUAACCAAAAAUUAAACAAAA